CCCAGAGAUGCACAUACAGGAACUUACACCACUUUGAGCUUGUCAUCUUAAAACAGAGCAACUCAGAGACCCGAGUGAAAAUGCUGCUAAACUUGACAUUAAUUCUCUUCAGGUUAAUCUUCAUGUUCCCCCCCGGUACAUUUGUCUCUUCAUGUAUCUACAAAGCUGCAGGUGAUAAAGUUGUGAUUUCAUUUGAUGAUGCAAAAUUACAAGAGGACAAUGAACUGAGAUGGACACAUAAUAAACAGAGAGUUUAUUUGAAAAAAGGCUCACAAAUUAAGCUCAACAAGCUCAACGUUAGUGAAGAUGGAUCCCUGAUACUGGAGAACGUACAGAAAGACAAAUCUGGACAGUACAAGGGCAUCAUCUAUGAUGCAGAAGGAAAGUUAAGAAAGGAAACUGUACAACAGCUCUGUGUUCUGGAGCCAGUGCCUGAACCUAUAGUUUUGGUUGAAUGUGUAGAAAAAGGAGUAAAUCUGACUUGUAGUGCAGUGAACAAUGAUGAGGUGGUUGUGUCCUGGAUGAAAAAUGGCACGAAGGCUAAUGUGACACAUGCUGUUUUACACAUCAGUUCAUCUGAGCUCAAACCUGGAGAUAAUUUCUCAUGCACAGUCAGCAACCCAAUAAGCAAGAACUCAGCAAAAAACGUUGAGCCAGUGUGCUCUGAUACAGAUUUGUCUGAGAAGAGAUUUCUAUUUGGCUCGGAUUUAUGGUGGAUGCUGGUAAUCCUGACAGGGGGAGGAAGUUUCCUCCUCAUACUCUUCAUCAUCUGCUUAGUCUGUGUCUGCUGCUGCUGCAGACGAAACAAGAGGAAAGCAAAACGGGAAGAACAGCAUCAGCUUGUCUCUUUAAUGCCAUAUUACCUAAAUCGGACUGAUGACCAGCAAAAGCCAGUAUCCUCUUUUGGCUAGUUAUAAAUAGGUUAAACUAACCCUAACUUUAACAGAAAACUUUCUGCAUUUUUACAGUAAACUUUAUCUCAUUGUAUUUUCUUCUGGCGCCCCUACUGGUGGUCAUGGACUUGUUCGCCCUGCAUAAACCAUUAACCCUGCUAGAUUUUUCCAUGCUUCACAUUGACCUGUACAUUUGUUCUGCUAUCUGCUAGUAAUAAGUUCCGGUGGAUAUGGCAACACACAGAGUGACUUACACUAAACCAAAGAUUACAUGAUUUCUUUGCAUUUGCCUCUCUUUACAU